CCUGCCAUGACCUCGAGUACACCGGCUAAGUGUACUGAAAAGAAGGUGACUCGGACGGCGCCGCCAAGUUCCUGAGCCACAUCCCCUACGACGAGAACUAUGACCCCGAUGAGCUGGACCCCGAUAUGCCCGACUUCGACGCCGACGUGAAGAUUCCGGGGCGUCACUACCCCAAGCUGCCCUACGGACACCCGUUCCACACCCACAACGCGGGGGGCGCCUCCCACCACGCCCAGUCCUACCAACCCGGACACGCGGGCGGCUCUCAGCCGCCCCACGGUCAGACGGGGCACUGGUUGGGCCAAAGCUACCACCCCGACCAGGGACCCGCCAGCCCAAGGCACGACCAGGGGUUCCAGUCCGAUCACGGCGACGACCAGGACUACUACCAGAACAAUCAGCUGUACGACCAGACCCAUCGCAAUGGCGGCACGGGGUACGGCCAAGGGACGGGUGGCGGAGGCUGGCGGAAAGACGAGGACGAAGAUGAUUACAACGACUUCGACGACGACCACGACCCAGAGGAAGACAGCCAAGUGUCAGCCACGCAGAUACCGUCAGGCCCGCAUUUCGACAGAUCGCUCCCUCGCAGCAUCACGGUGCAGGCGGGGAAGACAGCGAGGCUUGUGUGUCGCGUCUUCGACAUCGGAGAGACAUCGGUGUCGUGGAUCCGGGUGGGAGACCUGCACAUCCUGUCGGUCGGGAAGUACAAGUACAGCACGGACAGCCGCCUCUCCGUGGUCUUUAACGAGCCCGAGCAGGAGUGGGUGCUGCAGAUCGCGGGCGUGACGGAGAGCGACGCGGGGAUGUACGAGUGCCAGAUCUCGACGAAGCCGGUCCUCAGCUUCAUGGUCAGCAUGGAGGUCGUAGCUGAGACCUUCACCACGACGCCCUUCCCGAAGCUGAGCGACGUAGAGGAGCCGCAGGUGAAGCAGUCGCAGACGGAGCAAUCAGUGCCCAGCGCGACCAUCGUGAAUGGACCGGAGAUCUUCGUGCACCGCGGUUCCCUCAUCAACCUCACGUGCAUCGUCGACCACACCACCGAGCGCCCUCUCUACAUCGUAUGGUACCAUUACAACAAGGUAAGUACCAUUCACUGUCGUUUGGAACGCAGGCAAGGUUGGUAAGUAUCUAUUUGCCCU